CCAUUUGGUGAAAUUGCACUUCUGCAGCUUUUUGGGGUCAUGGACCAAUAUGAAGAUGUGUCAGAAUGUGAAGUGGAUCAUUCCUUCUUCGACAGUGAUUUUGAGGGAGAGGUUAAGAAAGAUGGAACUGCAACAGAAUCAGCCAAGACAGAAAACAGUGAGCACAUACAAACCAAGAGUACAAGUUUAAGUAAGCCUGACUUAGAGAUGGAAACCAAAGUGGUGGAGGGUGUACGUACUGAUGAAGAAAGGCAUGAGAAGGAAAAAGAACCACAGGUGGCAUGUACGUUAGACAACGGUACUGAUGAGAACGCUUUGCCCUUAUUAGCAUCCCUCAGCUCAGAAAACGCAAGUACAUCUGGUAGAACCUCAGCACAAGGUAAAAUAAUGCAAGAGAAAAGCAUUCCAACUCAGAUUCCCAAAAUAGUUAAAGAACAUGAAGAAAAUUACUAUACGGAUGAAGAAGAUAGUAGUGAUGACAGCAGAAACCAAAAGGUUAAACUUAAGUUGUCUAAGCAGUCUAGUAGUUCCAAGGCUGUCAAGAAAAUCGCAGUCAGUACUUCCUCUUCUUCCUCUUCCCCUUCCUGUAGCUCUGAUACGGAUUGUUCUGACACUGAUUCUGACAGUUGCUUGUCAGAUUCCUCCUGCUCUUGUUCAAAAAAGAAGAAUGCAUGUAGCUUUGCACUUCUUUCUCCAAGGCAAAAAUCUAGACCUGGAGUAAAGUCAGUGGAAGUAAAACCAAAAUUGGGUGACGGUGCAGAAGAAUCCGAAGAUACAGUGACUGAUGUAACUCCUUUGUCGACACCAGACAUCAGUCCUAUCCAGUCUUUUGAACUUGCAGCAUCCAAUGAUAAGAAGCUAAAGAUAAUAAGACAAGAAAACGUGAGCCAAGAUUUAUAUGGUAAGUUAGAGGAAUUUACAUGCAGUAUGCAAAUGACAUGUUUGCUUAAUUUUGAGGAGAGCAAUUAAGAUGCAUUCUUGAUUUGUUUCCCUUUCUCUGUAGAGCCGGAGAAGGAUCGCAGAUGUCAUCAAAAAGUCUUGAAUGAGGCUGUGGACCUGAAUACUCUCUUGAAAGCUUUUCUGCAGCUGGAAAAAAAGGAACAACAGAAGCAGGUCUUGGAUCAGCCUUCUAUAGGAUCGAGGAAAAACUACUCUUUCACAAAUGACGAAGUACGGCAAAUCGAUCAGGAAAACCAAAGGCUCUUAAAAGAAUUAGCAAAACACUCUGUAAAGCCCAGGAGCAAAAGUGCCUCUGUGAAGAAACCUUCGGGCCCAGCACCUAAGCUGUACCACAGUGCCAUCAACAGGCAAAAGGAACAGCAAAGGAUUGACAGAGAGAAUAUGGCUUUUCUGAAGAGACUAGAAGCAGUGAAGCCAACAGUUGGCAUGAAGCGCUCAGAGCAGCUGAUGGACUACCAGCGCCAGAUGAGUUAUCUAAAUGCUGCUCCUCCAGCCCCAAGGCGAGGAAAAUCUGCUCUAAGCCACCACAGCCCUUCUAGAGGUGCCUCACGCACAUCCAGUCACAGUGCAUCCAGUACGGCAAGCCGAAGGAGUGAAAGACCAGUGUUUGACUCUUCCAGAGGAGGCCUGCAGCGACUGAACUCUGCUAACGUUCAUGCGGCAUGGCUAUAAGUUGUUUGCACUCCAUCCCCAGAUUUCUAAUUCCAGUGCUUCUGCAGAUUGCUGGAAUUCUGUGCAAGAGUAUUGUGAUAGUCAUUGUUUGGUGAUUAAAAGGACACUGUAAAGUGAUAAUAAAUGCAAAUGGAUACUAAACUGAGUUUUGAGCAGGCAAAAUCUC